AUGAGCUCCGAGUCUCGCCAAGGAUCUGGCAUAGGCGGAAAAUCCAAACGUCGAUGGACAGACCCUGACGAUGAUGGCAAGUCCAAUCCGCCGGACGAUCUGUCGGCCCAACCCAAGCGACAGCGUGUCUCCCGGGCAUGCGACAGCUGUCGCUCCAAAAAGGAUAAAUGUGACGGGAUGCAACCCGUGUGUUCGACAUGUGCAUCACUGAGCCGACCCUGCACGUACAAGGCCAACCCCAAGAAACGCGGUCUUCCGACAGGCUACAUACGAUCACUUGAGUUGCUGUGGGGGUUGGUGUUCCAGAAGAUUCAAAACAGUGAAGAAGUGAUGCGUGCCUUGAUAAGAUCUAUCAAUCUCCCGAGUCACCUGGCCACGAUGGGCAAAGAAGCCGAAGGAUCGGACACGCUGCUGUCUUCUUUUAAGAACAGCACGGUAUUGAGAGAUAUCGAGCGGAUUUUGGUUGUUCUAGAACAACCCGAAGAGGAGAGAGAGCGUCUUCUUCAAGCAUAUCGUGAAGGAGACACACCUCUCGAUAUUGAUGGCAUUCUUGCUUCCUCCGAGGCCUUAGAAUGGCAAAUCCCGGAAGGACUAGAACGGCGUGAAACUCCACUCACGGCGGGCAUGUCACCCUCCCGUGCAUCGAUGAUCGGCUCGGCUCCAAGAUCUGGGUACUGCACAAAGGAAUGCGGUGUUCAAACGUCAACAGUGGACGAUUUCGACUCCUCACUUGCCAUUGCUUUCGACCCCGGCGACUCCCGAAUGAUUUCAACCAGCUCUCCCCUUCAACUCCCUUAUAAUGCAUGGCCGCUUCUUGACAUCUAUUUUUCAUAUACUCAAUGCUGGUUUCCAAUCCUCGAGAAACACGAUAUACUCCGAACGGCAUUCCAAUACACCGAGGGCGAUGUGUACAUGUCUCGUACUGCACCUGGUUCUGGUGAUCAUGCCGCCCUAUGGGCUGUAUUGACUCUUGCCUCUCUUCAAGACGCUUCCAUCGAGCCGGCGGGGGACAUGGACGCUCAUUCCAACAAAUCUAAUCCGUCACAGUUAUACAACACCGCGAGGAAUCUAAUCCCUUCAGAGGUUGGCCCAUAUGAAGUCGGACACGUCCAGGCCUUGUUGAUUUUGUCUUUGAUAAAAUUUGGACAGCAAGAAUGGACUGCGGCCUGGAUGCUUGUCGGGCAUGCAGUCCGUAUUGCUCUCACCCUCGGCCUUGAUCAGUUGUCGUUUUCGGGUACACCGUUGAGGUCUUCCGAACAAGAGAAACAGGUGGGACGAGCCAAGCAUGUGUUUCUGGGUUGCUUUGUCCUUGAAACGCUCAUUGCCGAGCAGACAUCACACUGCCCAUCGCUUCGAAAAGACGACUUGUCCAGGGUGGGUCUCAUCAAUGAAGACGGACUGGAGGAGUGGCAUCCAUGGGAAGAUCAGACAGGGCUGCGGCCGACGCAGUCAGCCAGGAGUUCCAUGCAACGUGGGCCGCUUCAUGCGCUUAGUACCUUUAAUCGACUUGUUUCUUUGGUUUCCAUUUUGAACGAUCUCUGCUUCUUGAAGCAAGACCCAAUGGUUUCUCGAGCGCAGUUGGAGUCCUUGGAGGUACAAUUACAACGUUGGGCUUCGGCCCUUCCAAAGAGCUAUCGGAUUGACUUGCAAAGCCGUCCCAUUAGGCUAGGCUCACCUCAUAUCUUCGGACUUGAAAUGACAUACCAAGGCAUCGCCUCCGUGUUAAGUCUACAGGUCGCAGCCCGUGAAAACGACCAGACUAUCCCGGAAAUGCCCCACAGAACCCCUGCUAUUGAGAGUGCAAAACGGCUUUUACAGCUGCUCCAGACAUACAUGGAAACCUACGAGUUUUUCUGCGACCGUUCCGACGUUUGGUAUGAUGCUCAGAUACUGUCUACCACGGCCUUCUCCUCCCACCUUGGGCAGCUCUGGUCUAUGCCAGAUGGGCCAAUUACGUCACAGUACGCGUUUCAGCGGAAUGUGGGAGCAGCUGCCACUCCAAUGUCAUUACAGCCACCAGACAUAACCCCGGUUGAGGACCAGACCAUGCAGCCUCUAAUGCCGGCAACAACAGAUCGUCGACCUCCAGCAGAGGGCCACCACCUUCCGAACACUUCACAUCCCACAAUAUCCGGCCCAUUCCACUCCUCGGCGUGGCUCAGAGCCCCUCCCAAUAUCGAGGAUGGCUCUGUCUUACUACAAACACCCACCCCAUCUAUGACCACCGUCGGUGGUACCUCUGAAGUUUCAGCACAGCCAAGUCAACUAGACAACGACAUAUCUGGCGGUCUUCGCCAGUCUAUAUCGGCUCCCUCAAAACCCCACAAUGGGUCCGGUAUCCUUUCCGAACUCGCCCCCCAAUUUCCCGGAGGGCGAUAUCUCCAAGCGUUUCAUGACCCUUCUCUCGGACUCGGUCCCUUUGUCGAUAUGGAUGGGUACGGGCAGCCGCGACAACAGCAGCGGAUUGCUCCCGACCUGGACGCCUUGUUUGACGAGCUGGCGUCGUUGGACGGCGCUGAAAAGGCCGAUAACUCAUCCGAGUUCAUGCAAAACCUCGGAUUUAUCUCUGACUCUGGCGUACCGGAAGUAUACUCAUUCUCGAGUCAAAUUGAACCCUUCCUGUUGGCACAAACGCAGCAAGUGCCGGGAAGCCAACCUCCUGGUGCACGGAGAGUGUCACAGUCUCUUGGCAUAUCAGGGACACUGAAACGAUGA